GCCGUGCCGUGCCGGGGGGGCGGGGGCGUGGAGCUGGCAGCGCCGCCGCCCCGGCGGGAGAGGCGCGGCGGGCCCGAGCCCAGCGCCAUGGCCCAGCGGCCGGCGGGCAGCGGCCCGGUGCAGCUCCGGGUGCCCGUGCGGGCGGAGGCGGCGGAGGGCGGCGGCGCGGCGGGCGGCAGCUGCAGCGAGGAGGACUCGGGGCGCUUCGGGCGCUCCAGUGGUGGGGAAAAUGAUGAUGACUCUGACCAGAACUGGAAACCACCAGAAAAUGACCUGAUCCAGAAAUUAGUAACACAGAUUGAAUAUUACUUCUCAGAUGAGAACCUCGAGAAAGAUGCCUUCCUUCUAAAGCACGUGAGAAGAAAUAAGAUGGGCUAUGUCAGUGUUAAACUCCUCACUUCUUUUAAGAAGGUGAAGCACCUUACCCGUGACUGGAGAACUACAGCCUAUGCCCUGAAGUACUCAGACACUCUUGAGCUGAACGAUGAUAACAAAAAGGUUAGAAGAAAUAAUCCAGUUCCAGUGUUUCCAAGUGAAAACCUACCUACCAGGAUGUUACUGGUGUAUGAUAUCCACAUGAUUUCUGAGCUGCAGGCUCUUAAAAACCAAGAAAAUGGAUGCAUGCAAGAAAGGAUAAUGGAACAUCUCCUCAAAGCCUUUGUAACUUUUGGUGUAAUUUCAUCAGUUCGUAUUCUCAAGCCUGGUAGAGAUCUACCACCUGAUAUCAAGAGGAUCAGCAAUCGGUACACCCAACUGGGAACUCAGGAAUGUGCAAUUAUAGAAUUUGAAGAAGUAGAUGCUGCCAUACGUGCUCAUGACUUUAUGAGUGCUGAAAAGAAAGAGACCGGCAUGAAAGUCAUCCUCAUAGGCAUGAAACCUCCAAAGAAAAAAGUUCCCAAAGACAAGAACCGUGAUGAAGAUACCAGCAAGAGCCUUAAGAAGGCUGGAUCCCUUAAUAAGAGAGUUGAGGAACUUCAGUUUGUUGGUGAUGAAUCUUCAGCAAAUAGCUCUUCUGAUCCAGAGAGUAAUCCUACAUCACCACUGUCAGGACGCAGGAGUACUGCAACAAAUACUAUGAGUAGUUUGAGCCCUGUCAUUCACUCAAACAACUAUUUGAGUCCUAACGUGUCACUCAGAUCAAGUCCUUGGAACAGUCCAUCUUCACCAAGAAAAGUAAUCAAAAAGUCUCCGCUGGCUGCAGGCAGCAAGCUCAACCCAAGCGCUAGCCCUGAAGUUCCAAGGAAGUGUACAGAUUAUUCCUCGGAUAGCAGUAUCACUCCUUCUGGUAGCCCCUGGGUACAGAGAAGAAAAGCUCAAACUGUAACACAAGAGAAGAGUCCCGUCAGUAGCCCCAUGUUGGUUCGGAAAAUACAAAAUGCAGAUGGCCUGCCCGUAGGGGUGCUGCGGCUGCCUUGGGGGCCUGACGGCACUAAAGGGUUCCAUGGCGGAUGCGAGAGAAGGAAGGCUACAAAGAAUGAAUAAGGGAUUCUUUAAAAACAGUCUCACAAGUCAGUCAACUGUGUUUGUUGAAGCCUGGUGAAAAAUUGUCACUUGAGUGACUGAGUUAAGUCUGUAUUUAAUUUUAAAAGGUUUUGUAUUCAUAUAGAAACUUUAUCAUUUGUAUAUUUGUAUAUUCUCCUCACAGAAUCACUGAGGUUGGAAGGCAUCUCUGGAGAUUGUCCAGUCCACCUCUUUUGCUCAGGCAGGGUCCGCUACAGCGGGUCACUUCAGGUUUGGAGUAUCUGCGAGGACAGAGACUUCCCAACCCAUCUGGGCAACCUGUUCCCAUGUUCAACCACCCACACGGUUAAAAGGUGUUUCCUUACAUCCAGGUGGAAUUCCCUGUGUUUAAGUUUGUGCCCCUUUCCGUUACUGGGUAUCGCUGAGGAGAGCCCACCUCCACCUUCUUUACUCCUUCCCAUCAGAUGGUUACAAAUUAUUGAGGAUACCCUCCCCAAGCCUCCUCUUCCCCCAUCUGACCAGCCCCAGCCCCCUGGGCGUCUCGCGUGAUAGAUGCACCAGUCCCUCUGCCAUCUUAUGCACUUAUCUAAUGCAACAGCCUUACCUGCAUUAUUAUUUUUUUCAAUGUAUUAGUUUGACAUACAUAAAUAUUGAAACAAGCGUAUCUAUCGUUCAUGUGUAACUACAAUGUUUGCAAAGCUACAAUCCUGAAGAGCAGUGUGUAAAUACUUGCAAUUUAGCAGGUGUACUGUAACAAGCUGUGGUAUGUUACCAGUCGAAGCCUAAGGAGUAAAGGUUUUGAAGACUUGGUCUCAAAAGGAACUCUGACAAACCCACGCUGCAGCGAGGCCUGCACACAUCUCCAAAGACAACAUUGCUCAGUAGGACCAAAGCGUAUAUUUUCAUGUGAUGUGAAUAAAGAGUGAGCAUUGGAGACUGUUCUGUAAGUGUUCUCUCAUAUCAUCAAGGUGGAAAUAAAACAAAAAUAUUAAUUGGG